UCCCCUCCAGCAGCCAGGACAGGAGGGCCCCUCACAGGCCCAUAGCAGGCACCUCCGUGUGGCUCCCCAGCCCCCACACGCUCGCGCACGCGCCAUCACGCCUGUCCAUGGUCCCGCCCGGGCCAGCUUCUAGGUCAGGCCUGGGCAGGACUUCCCAGGAGGCGCAGCAGCAGGUGCUACCGGCAAAGGCAGCUAUGGCUAGGGGUGUGUGGGGCUGGGUCCAGGAGACGCCCGUGGGGGCUCUAACCCUGACAGCUGUGGCCGAAGGAAUCCGGGCCAGGCAGGGGUGGUCCCGGGAACCCCCUUCCACAGGCCCUCAGCCUGAGCCCUGGGAGCUCAAACCUGAAGCUGAGCCACAGACCCAGGCACUCGCCACCCAUUCUGAGACUGAGCCUGGGUGUGGGGCCACUGUCCCUGAAGCUGGCAGCGAGCCCCGCUCCCCUGAGGGGCCCCACCAGGUUCCCCAGAGUUCCUGGGAGGAGGGGGUUCUUGCUGACCUGGCAUUGUACACGGCUGCCUGCCUGGAGGAGGCUGGCUUUGCAGGGACCCAGGCGACAGCGCUCACCCUGUCCUCAGCCCUGGAGGCCCGGGGGGAACGGCUGGAGGACCAGGUGCAUGCUCUGGUGCGAGGGCUGCUGGCGCAGGUGCCCAGCCUGGCGGAGGGGAGGCCCCGGAGGGCAGCCCUGAGAGUGCUGAGCGCGCUGGCCCUGGAGCAUGCGCGGGACGUGGUGUGUGCGCUGCUGCCCCGCUCUCUGCCCCCAGAUCGGGCAGCGGCCGAGCUCUGGCGCAGCCUAAGCCGUAACCAGCGUGUAAAUGGGCAAGUGCUGGUACAACUGCUGUGGGCACUGAAGGGUGCUUCAGGGCCUGAGCCCCAGGCGCUGGCGGCCACUCGUGCUCUUGGGGAGAUGCUGGCUGUUUCAGGCUGCGUGGGGGCCACGAGGGGCUUCUACUCUCAUCUGCUGCUUGCACUAGUCACACAGCUGCACGAGCUGGCCCACAGCCCUCGCUCCUCUGACAUGCCCAAGAUUUGGGACCUGUCCCACCGAGGGCCACCACACAGCCAUGCCAGCUGCGCUGUGGAGGCCUUGAAGGCUCUGCUCACUGGGGAUGGAGGCCGCAUGGUGGUCACGUGCAUGGAGCAGGCAGGAGGCUGGAGGAGGCUGGUGGGAGCCCACACCCACCUGGAGGGUGUCCUGCUGCUGGCGAGUGCCAUGGUGGCACACGCCGACCACCACCUUCGAGGCCUCUUCGCAGACUUGCUUCCCCGGCUGCGCAGCGCCGACGACCCGCAGCGCCUCACGGCUAUGGCCUUCUUCACCGGGCUGUUGCAGAGCCGGCCCACCGCACGGCUCCUGCGGGAGGACGUUAUCCUGGAGCGACUUCUCACCUGGCAGGGAGACCCCGAGCCCACCGUGCGCUGGUUGGGCCUGCUGGGCCUGGGCCACCUCGCGCUGAAUCGCAGGAAGGUGCGGCACGUGAGCGCGCUGCUGCCGGCACUCCUGGGCGCACUGGGUGAAGGCGACGCGCGGCUCGUGGGUGCAGCUCUGGGCGCCCUGAAGAGGCUCUUGCUACGGCCCCGGGCGCCUGUGCGGCUCUUGAGCUCGGCGCUCGGGCCGCGCCUCCGUCCGCUGCUGGACGACACCCGGGACUCAGUCCGCGCUUCGGCGGUCGGGCUCCUAGGGACUCUGGUGCGCCGGGGCCGGGGCAUGCUCCGGCUUGGGCUCCGCGGCCCCCUGCGGAGGCUGGUGCUGCAGAGUCUCGUGCCGCUGCUGUUGCGCCUGCAUGACCCCAGCCCAGAUGCUGCUGAGAGCUCAGAGUGGACCCUGGCCCGCUGUGACCAGGCCUUUUGCUGGGGCAUGCUGGAGGAGAUGGUCACCGUGGCCCGCCAUGAUAGCCCCGAGGCCCUGAGCCACGUUUGCCACCGCCUGGUUCGGUGGUACCCGGGCCACGUGCCUAACUUCCUGAGCCAGACUCAAGGCUACCUGCGGAGUCCCCAGGACCCUCUGCGCCGGGCAGCCGCCAUGCUCAUAGGCUUCCUUGUCCACCAUGCCAGCCCCGGGUGCGUCAACCAGGACCUGCUGGACUCGCUGUUCCACGACCUAGGGCGGCUCCAGAACGACCCCGAGCCGGCCGUGGCCACGGCAGCGCACGUGUCCGCUCAGCAGGUGGCACUGCUGGCCUGUGCCCGGGACCAUCCCCGUGGGCUCCGUGUCCUCCGCCUCGCCCCACACCCUACCCGGCCCCCACCGGUCUUCACUGACAGCCCCUUCCAGCGUGGGAGCCUCGCAGGCCGCUGGGGCUGCCCCGGACCCCGCCGAGCCUGAGGCUCGGGGCUAGGGCUCACGGACCGGGAUCUGACUUGGGCACCCCACGCGCACAGCAGCCCGUCCUCGCCCGACGGAGGGGCUCCCUGGGCCUGGUGCUGGACACCGGUGCCCGACCCCCCACCUACUCCCCCCCCACCCCUCUUCAGGCACCCUGACGGCGACAGAGAGGGACAGCCAGCACCCAUCUGUUUCCGUCAGGCCUCUUGUUCUCCCAGUCCCCUGGAGCAUCCCUCAUGCCCCAAUUGGGCAUGGCUCCUGGCCCAGAUGGCAUCUGGUAUCUUGAGUCUGGUGGGGGACCCUGAAGCUGGUGAUCCCGUAGGCUGCCCUCCUGGGUCUCCACCUCAUGCCUGCACGGGACGCUGUGGCCUGGCCGGCCCUGCAGCUGGCCACCCCCAUCCUCAUCCUGCGCCCAUUCCUUACCAGCAUCCCGAGGCUCCUGACCUGUGUCCCCUCUGCUCAAGAAUGUUGACCUGUUACCCUGCCACACUGCUGUGCCCUCUCAGCCAGGCCAUCAUGCUCCUCAUUCGUCAUGUCAGGCCCCAUGGGAGCCUGGCCUUUGGAAGCUGGCCCUGGCCUCCCUCCCAGCUGGGCCAUGUCAACUUGGGAUCACACCUGUGGGGUGCCAUGUGCAAGCCCAAUCAGACUGAGCACUGGCCACAAUCCCCAUCACCCCUCCCAGGGUUGAAUGAGGACGGUGCCACUGGACAUAGGAGGAAGAGGCUGCUCUGAGAGCCGCCAGUGCUGUGACCUCACCCCUCUGGCUCUGGUCGGCAGGUUCCUGCAACCUAGGUUGCCUGCCUAGAAAUGUCCUCACGUUCAAGGUCUCCCUUGCAGCCUUCUCCUCACAGAAGCCUCCACAGAAGCCCAGGGAGUGUGGGCAGCCUUGUGAAGGGCUGGGGCCAUUCCCCCUCAGGGGCAGGCAUGGGGUCCUGCUGACCUGUCUCCCCAGCUGCUGCACGGAAAGCGUCUAAAAUAAACACGUGGAUGGAAA